AUGAAGUUUAUGGUGGUGCUCGUGGCCGCGGGCAGCCUCGCCUUCCUCGGUGCGGUCAUCUGCAUCAUCGCCAGCGUUUAUCCGCGGAAACGGAUCGCUCCAGACGGGGACAACAGCACAUCCUCGGAAGGCCUGUUACGGCCCCUGGAGUCCGCGGCCGUGGCUCAGGCGGGGCCGCUCGGCGCACUCCAUGGAGGGUCCUCAUAUGACGGGGGCAACGGACUGGGCGGGCUGGAUUUGGACCUCCCAAGUCUGAACGAGCUGGGCCAGAAUCCCGGGCUGAGCUUCAGCCGCCUAGUCUGCACUCCGCUGCCGUUCGGAGACUGCGGUGGGCGUGUACAGGCCGACGAGCCUCUGCCCGGAGCCGCGGAUGAAGAAUGGAGCAGUCUGCGCGCCACCGCGGAUGAGUUGCAGCAGGUGAUUCUUCAGCAGAACCAGCAGAUCCUCAUGGACCAGAGAACCAUCCGUGAGCUCACGGGGAAACUUAGCGAGUGUGAGAGCGGCCUGGAGGAGCUGCCUGCCCCCGAGCGGAGUAUCGACGUGUGGAGUGGCCAUCGCCGCAUUAUGGCGGGGGAUGAGAUGGGCUCCACGGCCGCGCAGCUACAGACGGCACGGGCAGUGGAGGAGCUGGCCCGGGCUAUCAUGGACCUGAAAGACCGCAUCGAGAAAUUGGAGGCGGAGAUCGGGCCUCCAGCUCUCAACCGCUCUGAUUCCUUUUCUGGGGCCAGUCCCAGGGGAAGGCCCUCCACCCCGCCUCCACCGGCACCAGGGUCCCCGAAGCCCCACAGACCAGUUCACCCAUCCAAACCCGCAUCUAAGGGCCCCGCGACUCGACCCAAGGGCCCCUGGAGAGUGGAAGACCUAGAGGGCGAGCUGGAGAGGAAGAUCAAAAUGUUGGAGAGGGAGCGUCAGGCGAUGAGGAAGGAGACACAGGGGCCCCAAGACAAGAUGAGCUCCGGAGGGGAGAGUGUGAGCCCGCCACAGCACGGCAUGGGCGAACCUUCGUUCCCUGAUGGUUUCGUGCUCUCCUUCCCCAUACGCACUAACUACAUGUAUGGCGUGGUGCGACGAGAGGUGACAGAGAUGUACGCCUUCACGGCCUGCCUAUGGCUGCGCCCCACAGAAGGGGGCAUCGGAACGCCCUUCUCCUACUCUGUCCCGGGACAGCCCAAUGAGCUGGUGCUCCUACAGGGGGCACACAACCCAGUGGAGCUCCUUAUCAACGACAAGGUGGCCCAGCUGCCCCUGGACCUGCUCCGAGGCCAGUGGCAACAUGUGUGUGUGAGCUGGACACUCCGGGAUGGUGUGUGGAAGGCCUACCAGGGGGGCCGGCUGAAGGGCAGAGGGGAGGGGCUGGCAGCCUGGCACCCCAUCAAGCCCGGAGGAGUCCUGAUCCUGGGCCAGGAGCAGGACACUGUGGGGGGACGUUUUGAUGCAUCUCAGGCUCUGGUGGGUGAGCUGUCCCAGUUUAACCUGUGGGACCGUGUUCUCAAGCCUGCUGAGGUGUCGGCUCUGGCUGACUGCAGCUCCUCUGCUCUGGGGAACAUCGCUCCCUGGACAGACCUGGAUGUGGAUGUGUAUGGAGGGGCCACCAAAGAGUCUACCGAGCCCUGCCAUGGGGCACACAAGCACCCCAGUCCCAAUCAGUGAGAGGUGCCCAACCAGUGAGGGGCCCAACCAACCAACCUCUCCACAUAUGACUGUGUUGUGUCUUGUAUUGGCAGGUUUCAGAUAACAUUACAUUUGAUAGAGUUAUAAUGUUAAACAAGACAACACAGGAAAAAUGAUGAUAUUGUUGAUGUACCAGUGUUGUGGUGUGAUUGGAUGCAUAUAUCACAUGGAGGUUCAGCAUCAGUGGAUCAUGAUGUUUCUUGAAAAAGUCAUAUUAAUACAUACAUGAAUUCUGGCUCUUGCCCUGUUAUGGUUUUGAUUGCACUAUAAAAGUUUCCACAUGCUCCUUAAAGGGCCCAUAUUGCACUGUUUUGUGAUCAUUGUUAUAAUGUUGUUUCCUCAUCAAAAACAUAU